AUGAAUGAACUGUUUGAAAAAUCUGGUGCUGUUGGAAUAACUCUUGCUGACAACAAAAUUCGAUGCAUUAGAGACUGCGAAGCUAAAGAAGAGUGUCUUUCUGUUUUCUACAACGUGGACUCGAAAGAGUGCGUAAUGCAUAAUAAACAGUUCGACUCAUCAUCGUUUCCGGUACCAAGUGGUUCGGGAGCUACAUGGAGAUAUUAUCUCACAACAGAUGUUACAGGCAACUGUUCUCCAGAAAACAAUUACUACAGACCACUUCAGUUUUGCUACAGUGUGCAUGAAAUGAAUUCCAUGAAAUUUAAUGACACAAAUAACUUCUGUGCUGCGAGAGGCGGAAAGCUUGCUGCUGUGACUUCUCAAGAAAUGCAAGAUUAUUUCACGAAUAUUUUAGCUGAUAGACCCCAUGUCAGAAUAUGUAUAGCAGGCAAUGAGCAACCAGACGGGAGUUGGAAAUUAGAAGACGGCACCGCUAUGUCAUAUUUUAACUGGUACCCUGGACAACCAGAAUCUGCGACUCAGCGUUGUAUUGUUAUAAAAGCUACAUCACUUGGGGAUAUGUGGAUGGAUCGUAACUGUCUUACGUCUUUCCUUUAUAGCUGUUCAUUUGUUUGUGAAUACUAA